AUGUUGAAAGAUCCUGCGGCAGGUGUGCCUCCGGCUCUGUUGCCGCACCUGCAUCUCAUAUCCAAGCAUCGCUAUCCUGUCACAACAAAUCCUUCUCUUGAGACAAUAGUUGGCUACCUACUCGAAGCCCCACAGAUUGUUCGCGACCUGCAACCCAUGCAAUGGCAAUUCCUAGAUCCACCUCAAGAUGGAACUUUGAUGCUCACCUGGCAACCACUCGAGUAUCUGAACACGAACUUCGCAAGCGAUGGCUACAUCUGGGCAGAUGUCGAGGUUUCUUUCAAGCAGGAAGUUCGAGGAUAUACGCUCGAAAUGUUUCUCCAACGAUCAGGUUGCCGUGCUCAAGGUGAGCCCGUUGCAUCACACAGCCGGAAACGAUAUCGUCUAUUAUCCGGUAAUCCAAAUAGGGGCCAACAACCACCCGACCCAAGUCUAUGGUUGAUCCAUUACUCCAAAGCCUCACCUCGUGAUCACAUCCCUUCGGCUUCCAUCCAACCUCUUCCACAUGUCCAAGCUAUUCUCCAGCAGCGACGCAUGAUCCAAACUCAAUCAGGGCCACUCCCUCGCAAAGACUUCAUGUUACAUGAUCGCGCAAACUGGCCCGUCAUUCAUCCACCACCCAACAUGGCGCGUGGAACUCCAGCAGGGGGCCCGGCCCCCCAUCAAGGGGCCGCCCAUAGAAGAGGCCCUAGCAUCCCUCAACAGGAUAGUACCUUGGAGGAGGAGGAAGAUGUCUCUCGAGGUGACUUGAUCGAUUUUAUGACCCCAAGAGACAUCAGUCGCAUGCGCUAUGAACAGCAUCAUGAGUGGAUGGAAGAAAUCAUUGAAUCUCCAUAUCCCAUCAGUUCAAUUGUUCCAAGUGACCUGGGCUUUGGACGGAAAGGACCGUUGGAAGAUUUGACAAAGGACUUCUUCGAUGCUCCUACCUCGGUCCUCCGUGAACCCACCAAUGCAGGGCCCCCACGAGUUGGACGACUUGAGCCCGGUGAAUUUGACAAAUUCCAAAAGAGAGCCGAUGAAAAAUUGGCUCAACUACAAGCCGAACUUGACAAGAUGAAGGAGAUUCACGAGAAGCGAAUGGGCAAGGCUAAAAGACACAAGGUUCUGCAUGACGCGGAAAAGAAACUCCGGACUGCACCAAACACGACUGAACGCCGUCUUUCAUCCAAUGCCAUGGCAGUUGAUGAUAGCGGUGAUGCUCACAAGGAUGCCAUUGACGAGAUCACUGAUGCAGUUGAAUCUGCCCUCCAUAAGAAAAUCGAGCGAACAGCAGUUGUGACUUUGGUACAAAAGGGAGGACUUGAGGACAGGAUUGCUAGCACACCAUCAGCCAUUGCACCCGGGCCUGUCCUUGCCGCCUCACCAGAAAAGUCGGCGACUCCAGCUGCUCUACCAAAUGCCACAACAACUUCGACAACAACAGAAGUGCAUCCCCAGAAGAAGGAGGGGGUUGCCGAUGUAGAAAACAAACAGAAACCUGAAGAAACUGUUGCGUCGGAGACCACUGAGCAGAAGACUACCUCCACCUCUAGCUCAGAUGAGCAACCAACCCCCUCUGUACCCCAAGCUGCACCAUCAUCAGAUUCCAACCAACAAUCGAAUGCAGAUGAGGCUCAGGAGGAAGAAGAUCUACCUCAGCUUGAUGAUAUUGGAAUGGACGUGAACAUGGAUGGCAUUGAUGAUGACAGUGGGCCUGGUGAGACAGCGAAUGCCGAAAGCAAUGAAUGGGUCAUGAUUGAUGGGGAUGGUGGAAAUCAUGCGGAGGACCUCGGUCUUACCGAUCUACCAGGCGAUGAACAACCAUCCAACGACCAGCUCAAUCUGCAGCAGAACACGGACGGCAACGAACAAUCGGCAAUCGUCGCUCAACCGCCGGCACAUCAGGCUGGCCAUGCCACGCCACUUGAUACCCCUGAUUUUGAUAUGGGAGAAGACUUUGAUAAUGUUGAUGUCGAUACGGCUGGAGACGCCCUAGCAAGCUAUGGCAAUGAUGAGGACGACCUGAACCUCGAUGGUAUGGAGGACUCGGCAUUCGGUGACGCCUUUCAUGCUCAGGAUGACGAAGAGGAGGGAGACAUUUCUUAG